AUGCCGUCGUGGCCCAACAGCAACGAGACCUCUGACGAUGACGAGUACAUGGGCGAGUUCAGUAGCAUGCAGAUGGAGUAUUUUCAAACUCCAGAUACUAUGAUAGAUCCAAGCUUUUCUAGGCUUGUGACUGAAUCUGACCGUAGGUGCAUCCUGCACAGGGAGAGGGCUGGCAAAUUUGUGGCAUUUGAAGGCACUGACACUGGCAGGAGAUUCAUAGGAUGUGCAACUGAGGAUGGUGUGAACUGUGGCGUUUUAGAGUGGGUAGAUGCCCCUUGGCCUGUAAUUUUGCAAAGGUGCUUAACCAAGCUCUGGGAUAUGUAUCAUGAGGAGAACCUUGGUAGAGUCCAAGACAAAGAGGCUCAUGAGAUAGAGGUUGAGAAACUAAAGAAGGAGCUGGAUUCUCUUGGCAAUCAGUACAGUCAGCUUGUGGAUGAUGUAUCCAAGCUGUUUGAUUACCAGGAUGGGCAGAAAUCCCAUGACAUGGAUUACACAAGCCAGACAAUCAAUGAACUUAAGGAGAAGAAGCAUCAGCUUGAGGAGCAGGCAAAGAUUGAGAUUCAAAUGGAGAAGCUUAAGCUCAAGAAAGAACAGAGGUGCAUCCUGCAGAGUCAAGCUGAUAUCAUUCAAAACACCAGGAAAGCCAUGAAGGAGAUACAAGUUGAGAGAGACCUCCUUAAAGAAGAGAAGAAGAAGAUGGAGCAUAUCAUUGCUAAGCUCUUGAAGGCAGGUCAUGGGUGCAAAGAAAAGCUAGACAAGAUCAAAGAAGUUGUCAUGGAGGAGUGA